AAUCGGCAAGGUCUACGGCGUCACGCAGGUGAUCAACAAACGUAUCAAAUGUAAAAAUGUCUGGGCCUGGAAACUUGUAAUGCUGCGUUGGCCCUCCUAGGUUUUUCUAGCCGUUGCUGGCUACGUCCCUACACUUUCCAAUUGAGGUCUGAGUAGGGACGAUUUUCUCUUUUUUCGCGCUGCCAAGCGGCGUGGCACGGCGAUAGAACAAGUUUUCACGCAGUGGUGAGCAUGCACCCACGGUGCGCUGCGUGUGGACCGAAACUUGUUUUAUGUGAGCACCCACGAAGACCUCCAGGCCUUUUAUUUACCGCAGGUCCGGUAAGCCUGUUCUCGGUCCUCGCGGGACCCCGUGUGGCUGUAGUCGUCCCGUUGCCGCUGGCUUUCUUAGUUAGUCGUAUCGUUCGCGCCGUACCGUGAUUUCGUAACAACGUCUCGUUCUAAGCUCUUCCUUACGUUUCCUUUAUUUUUGUUGGCGCGCCCUGCUUUUCUGCAUGCGCCAUCAGAAGUGCAUUGAAUCGCGGCGGGAUAAUUACGAAUUUUUUAUUGGUUUUAAGUAAGGCCUGAUGCCGGUAGGGACGAACAGCCCGUAGACUUCCGAUGUAAUGCUGCGUUGGGAAUAGUGAAUGCUCUGUAAUUCACAGCCAAGCAUGAGAAAUAGCUGCGCUUCUUUGUGUUGCGUUUUCCGCAGAAGAAACUGCGUUUUUGCAUGACAGGCAAAAGGGUCUCUUCUUGGACACGCAUCGCAAGCUUUUUGGUCAUGCCAGACAAGCAUGACAAGUCUCGCAAGCUUCCAGACCCAGACAUUUUUGCAUUUGAUAAAACGCCUCGUCCAGCAAAUGGGGAGGUAUGAUUUGGUUUUGGAGCCCUACAUGCGCCUUAUCGGCGUCAACGGACGGGUUGACUGUGACGCAACGGAACUGCGGCAGGAAAUCGCGGACGCAAAGGAGGG